AAGUGCCUCCAGCCUGGUGGUAUUAACAGAGGAUGUUAGUUCAGGUGGUAGUGUGUGGAAUGUAUUGGGGCGGGUCUGGUCCUGGCUCACACAAUCCCAGUGCUCACCAGUCCACACAACACACCACAAAUACUCAUCGCUUGCACUCACCUUCCAAGGCAGGAUGGACGUGGAGCCAGGCAGCGAGGUGGAGCCAGGUAGAGAGGUUGAUCCAGCAGGUGAGGUCAGGUCAGACUGCCAGGAUGGGCCAGACGUGCUGGGCGAGGCUGAGCUGGUGGUGGACCUGGCUCUUCUAAAGAAGGGCUUCUCCCAGAGCCCCGAGGGUCAACUCCAACUUCAGGGCUACCUUGACGCUUACACUGAGAUGAACAAAUUUUUUCAGAUCAUGGGCCCGCUGUUUCAAGUUGUCUCCAGCGAUGUGCAGUCAAAAGUUGCACUGCUGCGAGAGUACCUUGGAGGUGAGGUCGGGGACCACUACCACACCUUGCACUCCAUGAUCACUUACGAGACACAGACCAAUCUUCUCACCAGCAAGACUAGACUCUCAGGAGCCAGGACGCUGCUACGUCUUCACAGAGCCUUAGAGUUCGUGACGGAGUUCCUGGAGGUACUGGUAUGUCCCUCUGAAGAGGGCAGCUUCGGAGGUCAAGUGUCAGAGCUGUACGGACGCACCCUGGCCAAACACCACGGACUGGUGAUCAGGAAGACCUUCUCAGGCAUCCUGCUCCUCCUUCCCAAGAGAGACACCAUCAUCCACAGAAUGACCAAUGGCAGCCCUGUAGCGGAGAAGGUAGCUAUGUCAGAGCUACCAUCAGUGAUCGUCACCAUGAGGGAAGCUUACAACUUCACGCAAAAGCUCUAUGAAGAACACGACCUCCUCGCCCUCCCUUAAAGUAGCCUUUCAUCCUCACUAAAUCUGCACACGGAAAUCACUCCCUACGAAAGCAAAAGACUCGGCAGGAGAUGCAACAUCCCACCAAUGACAAGCAGGGGUGCCACGAGCACGCUAAGAAACAACGCAAUAAGUGCCAGGGGCCCAAAACUGAUCAACUACCUCCCAGCAUACAUAAGGGGGAUUACCAAUAGACCCCUGACUGUCUUCAAGAAGGCACUAGACAAGCACCUAAAGUCAGUACCUGAUCAGCCAGGCUGUGGUUCGUACGUCGGUUUACGUGCAGCCAGCAGUAAUAGCUUGGUUGAUUAGGCCCUGAUCCCCCUGGAGGGGGUUUCGGGGGAGUUGAUGAAUAACACUCAUGAGCAACACUUAGCAAUCCUAUCAUUAAGAUAUGUAAGUAAACCAUGGUACAGGUGGGAAUAGAACCCAUGGCAAGUGGGACAAAAAGAAAGUACUCAGUGGCCACUUCAUUAGGCACACCCUUCUAGUACUGGGUAGGGCUUCCCCUUUGUCCCUAGAUCCCCAGAACAGUAGGAAUUAUACAUGGCAUGGAUUCAACGAAGUGCUGGAAACAUUCCUUACAAAUCCUGGUCCAUGUUGACAUGACAGUAUCACAUAGUUGCUGCAGAUUUGUUGGCUGCACAUUCAUGCUGCGAGUCUCCCGUUCAUCCAUAUCCCACCUACCAUUUGCAUGUUGCGGCAGAAAUUGCGAAUCAUUACACCAGGCGAUGUUUCUCCAAUCUUCAACUGUCCAGUUUUAUUGAGCCUGUACCCACUGUAGCCUCAUUUUCCUGUUCUUAGCUAACAGAAGUGGAACCCGGUGUGGUCUUCAGCUUCCAGUUCCCAUCUACUUCAAUAUUCGACAUGUUGUACGUCCUAGGAUGCUCUUCAUAACACUGCUGCAACAUGUGGUUAUUUGAGUUACAGUCUCCUUCCAGUCAGCUCAAACCAGUCUGGCCAUUCUCCUCUGACCUCUCUCAUUAACAAGGCGUUUUUGAACACAGGACUGCCUACUGAUUUCUCUACGGCUGCCCAGUCCCUGGACCCAUUAUGUGCCUCUGUAAUGCUGAGGUACGGUUCCUAGACCCAUUAUGUGCCUCUGUAAUGCUGAGGUACGGUCCCUAGACCCAUUAUGUGCCUCUGUAAUGCUGAGGUACGGUUCCUAGACCCAUUAUGUGCCUCUGUAAUGCUGAGGUACGGUUCCUAGACCCAUUAUGUGCCUCUGUAAUGCUGAGGUACGGUUCCUAGACCCAUUAUAUGCCUCUGUAAUGCUGAGGUACGGUCCCUAGACCCAUUAUGUACCUCUGUAAUGCUGAGGUACGGUUCCUAGACCCAUUAUGUGCCUCUGUAAUGCUGAGGUACGGUUCCUAGACCCAUUAUGUGCCUCUGUAAUGCUGAGGUACGGUCCCUAGACCCAUUAUGUGCCUCUGUAAUGCUGAGGUACGGUCCCUAGACCCAUUAUGUGCCUCUGUAAUGCUGAGGUACGGUUCCUAGACCCAUUAUGUGCCUCUGUAAUGCUGAGGUACGGUACCUAGACCCAUUAUGUGCCUCUGUAAUGCUGAGGUACGGUUCCUAGACCCAUUAUGUGCCUCUGUAAUGCUGAGGUACGGUCCCUGGACCAAUCAUGUGCCUCUGUAAUCAUUUAACUACCCUCCACAGGAUGGGUAUGGGAUGCAUAAUAAAAACAUUAACCUAACUUCUAUAUGCUGGUCCACUCAGAUUUAUAUCAUUGUUUGUAAAUAAUGAUGAUGUUAACACUCUGUAAUUUACAUAUUUAUUUUGUAGUUCUUGUUGAGGAUGUAUGCUUUGUAAUUUAGUAAAAAUAUUUUUAAUAAUGGU